AUGUCAUCCCCGCCACCCCCGCGUAAUAUCGAGGAGGACCUCCAAAGGAAUGAGGAGGAGGAACCCGCGCCAGAGGUGGACGAUGCCGAUAUCCCGGUAGACCCGCUGCUCACGCUGCUGUAUAUCCGGCACACGCUGACUUCGCCGUGGAGUUCCUCUGAGGAGCGCGAGGCGGCCAAGACGGCGCUGAUGGAGGAGAUGGAGAAGCACAACAUGGCACCCUACAUUCGGUUAGUCUGCGAGGCCCUCGGGGUGCCUCUCGAUGAGUCGAAGCUGGCAGAGAUGGACGCCAUCAACGCCAAGAAGGUGGCUGCCUUCGAUGCGCGGCUUAAGGAUGCGGUCGACAACCUUGGCGACACAGAGGUGCGCGACGUGCUGCAGGCCAAGUGCGACCACUACGCCCGCAUUGGCGACCUGGAGAUGUGCAUGAAAACGAACGAGGAGUGCGCCGCCAAGACGCUCGCAACGGGCCCUAAGCUGGACCUGUACUUCCAGCGCAUUCGUCUCGGCAUUGCCUUUUCGGACAACGAUAUUGCCGCCAAGGGUAUCACGGACGCGCAUCGUCUCAUGAAAGACGGCGACUGGGAGCGCCGCAACCGCUUGCGCGUGUACGAGGGCAUCUACCACGUGUUUAUUCGGGACUUUCAGCGUGGAUCGGCGCUGCUGCUCGACUCCAUCACGACGUUUGCGUCUGGCGAGCUGCUGACAUUUCAGGAGUUUGUUUUUAUUACCGUAGUCGCGAGCCUCCCGGUGCUCAGUCGACUGGAGCUGCGCAGGCGUAUCGUGUAUAGCCCCGAGGUCAACCGCACCAGCGUCGACGACGUGCGAGACUUGGUCAACUCGAUCUACGACUGUCAAUACAACAAGGUCUUCCCCAAUCUGGAGGUUGUGUGCCAGCAUCUGCGUAAGGUCGUCUACCUCUCUCCACACGUGAGCUACUUCUUCCGCGAGAUGCGGGUGCUCAUCUUCACGCAGUUCCUGGACUCAUACAGUAGCGUCACAUUGGAGUCGAUGGGAGCCGCUUUCGGUAUUCCGGUGCCGGCGCUGGACAGCAUGCUGUGCACACUGAUCUCCAACGAGCGUAUUGCAUGCAAAGUGGACCGUGUCGACGGCAGCGUCGAGACGUAUCGCGGCGAUACGACGAACUUUGACUACCAUCGCAUUGUGAAGAGCGGCGACCUGUUGCUGAACCGCAUUCAGAAACUCUCUCGACUGGUCGACAUGUAG